GGUACAGCUGUUGUGUAAUCGCAACUGGUACAAAUAUGCAUAUAUGAAAUGUUUUGGGAUGUGAAUUCGAAUUGAAGUACAUGGCCUCGUUAGUCCCUUCUUCUUCCAUUUUCCGACCAACAUUGGUUCGGUGCACCAACGAGCGCCGGGCGCUGUUUAAUCGCAUUGCUCCUGUCUAUGAUAACCUGAAUGACUUGCUGAGCCUUGGGCAACACCGGAUUUGGAAGCGAAUGGCGGUGUCGUGGACUGGUGCGAAAUUGGGAGAUCGUGUGUUGGAUGUCUGCUGCGGAAGUGGGGAUUUGUCAUUUCUCUUGUCCGACAAAGUAGGCUGUGAUGGCAAGGUCAUUGGUCUUGAUUUCUCGAAGGAUCAGUUAUCGAUUGCUUCAUCCCGGCAACAAUUACUUUCAAAGAAGUGCUUCACGAAUAUUGAGUGGCUUGAAGGUGAUGCACUUGACUUGCCAUUUAUGGAUGGUUGGUUUGAUGCUAUCACUAUGGGCUAUGGUCUUCGAAAUGUGGUUGAUAAACAUAAGGCAAUGCAGGAAAUUUUCCGUGUCCUAAAAGCCGACUCUACAGUGUCUAUACUGGACUUUAAUAAAAGCAAUGAGUCACUAACUUCUGCAAUUACGGAAUGGAUGAUUGACAAUGUUGUUGUACCUGUUGCGUCUGGUUAUGGUCUUUCAGAGGAAUACAUAUACCUUAAAAGUUCAAUAAGAGAAUUUUUAACAGGAAAGGAAUUGGAGAAACUUGCCUUGGAAGUAGGAUUUUCUGAUGCCAGACAUUACGAGAUUGGUGGAGGCAUCAUGGGGUGUCUGGUAGCUAAGCGUUAGAUAUGGGAUUUAUGUAUUUUUUUUAACCCUUUUGUAUUCAGGUUGUAAAAACAUAAUCCAUAAAUGCUUCAGUAAGAUU